GUUUCCCAGAUGCACUGGGGGCUCCUCCCACCAGCCCUCUAUUCAGAAAGGCUCUUCUUGCUGACAUGCCUGUGAUGCUUCUGCCCCUUUUGGCUGGCCAGGAGAGAAGAGGGAGAGUGGAAGCUUGCUGAUACCCUGGAUGCAGCUCUCCAGGUCCAGGGGACAAAAGAAAAAGGAAGAAAGCAGCAAACCGAAGACACAUCAUGUCCCUGCCUCACAGCCAUAAGAGACCUUCUUGUCCCUGCCCCACCCAGAUCCACCCUCUCCCAGAGUUCAGAGCUGCAGAGACAGAGCCAGAUGUGCCCCUGGCUGUAAGGUGAGUGGGGGUCAGCUUGGACCCACAGGGAGGGGAAAAGGCCUAGUGGGGCAGGGUGGAGGACCCACCCCUGCCAGGUCUUGGCCAGACACACCCCGAAUGUCUUCUUCCUGUCUCAUCCCAGAGGUGGGACAGUAAGACUGAUUUCUCCUUCCUCAAGGACAGCUGGAAUUCAGGAGACACGUGGGGGCCUCUUCAGGAGCUCCAAUUUGUCAGCUCUGCAUAGCUCUGCAGAGCAGAGUGAGAUCACACGGGAGCAGCGAUAAGCCCUUUUUGCUGGGGGAAUCUUUCAAGGUCCCUGGAGAAUGGGGUUGGGUUCUAGAAUUGAAUUCUGAGUUUCUGGUUAGGCCUGAGAGCAUGGAUGCUGCCCGUGCUCUUCUGGACCCUGUUCAUCUCACACACCUCAGGAAGAAGCGCUCUGCUGACCGAGGGCAACAGCUUGGUCUCCUGUUGCACCUUAAUAUCCCUGGCAGCCAGCUGAGUCCCGGGCCCAGAAUAGGGGAUCAACAAUGGUUUGUAGUGUGACUGUCAGAGGUGGACAGAGGUAUGCGUGUGUCUGUGUGUUAGGGAAAAGGGGGUGUCCUGAGGGCCCACCCCUUGCUAUCAGACUGGAAGGUCCCCACCAUUACACCACUUCAUCCAAAAGACAGGAGGUGCACAGGGUGCGGGGCUUGGAGGGACAUCAAGCCUGUACUGCCUGGGACCAGCCUUUAAGGACCAGAUCCCCAUCUGUGGUCUGUCUGGACUUGAUCUUGCCAUGCAUGUGAUCUUCUCCUCAGCAUUUGGCAAGUGUGCCCCAGACAUUUGCUCUGGCUGAGUCCUGUCUGCCCUGGGCAGUGGGACAGCUCAGACCAGACCCUGCCCUCUGGAGGCAUCAGGGGAGACAAGAUCAGGGAAGACAGACACAGACCCACAGGCCUCUGACAGUAAUGCAAAGAUGGACUAGGUGCCCUGGGGUGACUGUCCCUGCUGUCAGGGUCAAAGGGCAGAGAGAGGUCACCUUCCCUGGGGAAAAUAUUUCACGGAAGGGAACAUUUGAGCCAGACCUUGAAAAACGAGCGAUAUUUGCAUACACAGAGUUUUGAAUGGGAGGUGCAUUCUUAGCAGAGAAAAUAGUGGGAGCAAAAGCCAGGUCCUGGGAAGUGUUUGACUUCUGUUGAAGGUGACUCUUGGGCCACAUGGGGUUGAUGGGCAAGGCGGAGAGUUUGUGGUCCUCAAGUCCGUGCAGGGACAAGGCUAACCACUGUUAGUGGCCUUUCCCAUGUGUGCCAAUAAGAUUCUAAAAGAUAAAUUACUGGAGAUGCGGUUUCUGAGACAAAACACGGGUGCAUUUCACCUUGUGGCAGACACUGCCAGUUGCCCUCUUAGUUUUCUAGUGCUGCUGUAACAGAAAUACCACAAGAGGGUGGCUGAAAAUAACAGGAUUUAUUUUCUCACAGUUCAGGGAGCUAGAAGUCCAAGAGUUUAUCAGUUGUGUCGAUUCCUUCUACAGAUUUCUCCCUAGUUUCUGGUGACUGCCAUCAAUUCUUUUUUUUUUUUUUCAUUUUUACUUCAACAAAUUUAUUUAAAAAGGAAAUUAUAUACAUCCGUACUGUAAACAGAAAAACCAUACUCCUUACUAGAUAUAAAAUGUAAUUUUUUUAAAAAAUAGACAAAACGAAAGCCAAGAGGUAUUAUUCUAGCUGUACACUCUUGUCUGCUAGAGGAAGUGGCCCUGGAUGUUGUCUCUUGGUUGGAAGAGGAGGAUGAAGAGGUGUUGUUCAUGUUGUUAGCUGCCAUUAAAGUCACCUCCUACUCACAGAGGCCUUAUGUACAACAGGACCAAACAUUGCCUGGUUCUGCACCAUUUUCUCACCUUCUAGCGCUAUACUGGACAGUGGUCUAUUGUGCUCCGCAAAGUUUUCGUUGGUUAAUUUUCAGAAGUAAAUCACCAGGUCUUUCUUCCUAAUCUUAGUUUGGAAGCUCUGCUGAAUCUUGUCCACCAUGGGUGACCCUGAUGGUAUUUGAAAUACUGGUGACAUAACUUCUAGCAUCACAGCAACACGAAAGCCACCACAGUAGAACAAACCUACGGACGUGUGAUGGUUCUCAGAGGUGUUAGAGAGGCGUCAAGACACACCAGCACUGAGCUGAGUCUUUUUUCUUGAUGUAAUCAGCAAGGCUGCAAAAGAAUUGCAAAAAGGGUCUUUCUCCUACUGGGUGAUUCUCUGUUCUUCUAGGCAGGGUCUGGGGCCUCCAUGGCUGGUGCCUCCCUCACUGGGUGCCAUCAAUUCUUGGCAUUCCUUGGCAUCUAUCUUCUCCCUGUGUGUGUCUCUCUGUGUCUAUUCUGCUCUUUUUGUAACUCAGAAGUGAUUAGGUUUUGACCCACUCUGUUCUAUAUGACUCAAUUAACAUAACAAAAGAAAACCCUAUUUCCAAACAGGAUUGCAUCUACAGGUGCAGGGGCCAGAAAUUCAGCACGUAUUUUCAGGGACACUCAAAAAAAACCAAACUGGUUGCCGUCCAGUUGAUUCUGACCCAUAGAGACACCACAGGAUAGAGUAGAACUGCCCCACAGCGUUUCCGGGGAGUGGCUGGUGGAUUUGAACUGGUGACCUUUUGGUUAGCUGCUGACUUUUUUAUCACUACACCACCAUGGUUCAGUUCAAUCCAUAACACUCUCCGUGGAGCUCCUACCAGUUAUUUAGUGAAAGGUCUCUUAGCACUCUUCACCCUCUUGGUCAAGAUCUAUUCUCUGACCCCGAAUGUGAGCUUAUAGCACUGACGCCCUGUAAAUCACCUAGCCUGGCCUGGGCCAUGGUAAGCAUGGGGAAUGUGUUAGUUGUUAUCACUCAUCCUUCCAGUUUCUGGGCAGGCUUUCUGAUUCCCCGGACCAGGCUGGACUUCCCCCUUCUAUGCCUCUCUGUAACUUCUGGUGCUAGAAGUACCUCUCUCUUCUACCCACUGGGUGGCCUUGAGGGCAACGGCUUGGUAUCCCCAGCAGCCAGUUCAGUGCCUGGCUUAGAGCAGCUGCUCAGCAACUGUUUGUUGUGUGACUGUCAGAUAUGAGGAAGGAAGGUGUAUCCUGUUGGCCCUACCCUUCCCAUAUGCAGGGCCACACUGUCCCCAAAUGACAAUGUUGUUGUUGUUAGUUGCUGUUGAUUCUGACUCAUGGCGACCCCAUGUGUGCAGAGUAGAACUGCUCCGAGGGCUUUCAAGACCAUGACCUUUCAAAAGUGGAUCGCCAGGCCUGUCUCCAGAGGAGCCUCUUGGUGGCUUCAAACGGCCAACCUUUCGACUGGUAGUUGAGCACUUAACUGUUUGCACCACCCAGAGAAGUCUCAAUAAGACUACCAAAACCCCACCCCACAAGCUGGAUGUCCUAUUUCUUUCCUGUAAUAUAGGUAUGUCCCUUGCAUAAAUAAGGACAGACUUAUCUAUAUUAUAGAAAAGAAAACUAAAAUUCAGAGAGGGUGGGUAGCGUGUCCUACUCACAGAGCAUGGGAGAGACAAAACCGGGACCAGACCCAGUGGGCCUGACCCUCCACCCCAACAUGGGCUUUAUCGACACCGGCCCUGGCUUGCUCCUGGCUGGGUCAGAAUGACUGGGCCCACAGUGAAUGUGUGGCUCUGUUUGACUGGGGGUGGUCCCGGUCGCCAUGAUGGGCAAACACAGUUGCUCAGGGAGUGGCAGAGGUACACCAGGGCCCAUGUGAGGCUGUGUAUCUGUGUUCCAUCCUUCCACGCUCUCUCCGUGAAAAGGCCUAUCACGGUCCUUCAGGUGAGCCUGCACCACCCCACGACAGGCCUGGCUGCCUUCACCAACAUCCCACGGAGGCUGCAGCAUGACACCAGCCCACUGCUGGUUGGCCGGGGGCAAGACUCCCACCUCCAGCUGAAGCGCUUCCUCUCCCACCUUCACCUGUCCCUGGAGCCCUACCGGGAGAAGGGCAGCUCUCUGUUGACCUUCUGCCUCAAGGCCCUGAGCCACAGGGGCUGCGUGUGGGUCAAGGGGUACCUAGAGCAGGUCCCCCUGAGAGCCAUCAACAGGGUCACCUUCUCCAGAGUCCAGAUGGUGAUCCACAUAGAGAGGGGCGUCUCCCUCGAGGCCUUUGUCUGCUACUUCCAUCUCAGCCCAUUGGCCCUGAUUUACAGGCUUGAGGCUGAGGAGACUGAUGAAUAUGAAAGCACCCCCCCUCCAGCAGCGGCCUCCCCUGUGUUCAGGGGAGUGGACUCCAGGUCAUCUGGGGUUUCUCCAAGACCCUUCUCAGACUCGGGACGGCUCUCCCCAGCCAAGCCCUGGAGGGAGAACAGAAACACAGCUCCAGAGGGAGCCCCCAGACAGCACACUCUGGUAGCGUCACCGCUGCCUAUAAGCAAGCCUUUACUGAAACAAGACCUGAAAUAUUCGAGCUACAUCACGCAAGGUUGACGAUGAGGCCCGCUGGCCGCCUCACUCAUAAUGAGCAGGUUCUGCCGACACUGGGCGG